CCCCCAGCCAGCUGUCAGCAGGGAUCGACUGGAAUGUUUCAGUAAAAUCUCAAAGGAGAUGUGAUGAGAUAUGGUCCAUGGCAACAAUGUUUGUUAAAUCCCAGCCAAGCAAAGCUAACAUAAUUCCUGUACUAAUGGGAAUCAGACAGAAGAAUAUUGCUUUCAUAGUGGACUCCUCGGAGACUAUGAAUGCAAUGCUCGGGUCAUUGAAAGACUUGCUCAUCCAGACUUUGCUAGCAAAGGCCUCACUCCGAGAUUCACUAUUCAACAUUAUCAGCUGCUCCUACAAGGUAACAAAAUGGCGGAGUGUCUCUGUCCCUUGUGCUCCUGACUCUGUGUUCGAGGCCCUGGGAUGGAUCCACUCCCUGCACACGUCUCCAGGCAGCGACCUUCUGGCUGCCCUGGAGGCGGCAUUCUCUGAGCCCCAGUGCCAAGCUGUCCACUUGCUGACCGGUGCUUUGCCUGAUCGCCCAGAAAGUCUCCUGAGCGGCCUGCACACCAUGAUACUUCGCCCAGUUCACGUGUUCUUCCUGUCCCAGAGCGGGCAGCUGGAUGAUAGAACUUUGGACUUCAUGCAGUGUUUCACUUCUGCCACUGGAGGGAGCUGCCAUCUUCUGUUGCUGGGCUUGAACGGCUCCAUAGACAAGGUGUCCACACUGUAUGCUGCCCACGGUGCCGUAGCCAACUCCAGGGCCUCUGGGGACGCUUGCUGUGGCCUGGGGAGCCCUCUGGCAACAGUCCUGAAUGCUGCGCCACUCUCCGCUCACAUGAUUCGGCAGGGAAAUCCCUUCUCUUCCAUCAUAGCUCGCGGAUCAGAGAGUAUUGCAGGCUGCUCCCAGUUCUACCCGGGCUGCAGAGUGCUGGCCAGGAGGGAGACAGAUGGACUGUACUAUCUGGGAACCAUAAAAGAGCAGAUCCUGAACCAGAGGGGAAUAUUCCUGGUGGAGUUUGACCACCAGAACCCAACGGACCCCUUUGACUCGACCGCAGCGUGCCAGUUGGUGUGCCCACCCGACAUGGUGCACCACACCCGCGCCCACGCACACGGCCUGGUGCCAGGGGACGCCGUCCUGGCGCCGUGGGGCGCUCAGCUGUGGAGGUACGGCCCGGGAAGAGUCCUGUUGGGCUCCGAACCCAGGGACCCUCUCAGAGUGGUCAUGGGGAGCGCUCUCAGGGUUCUCUUUUGGAACGGAGUCGAGGCGACCGUCCCUCCCGAGCUGGCCGUGUGGAUCCCUGCCUCUCAGCACGAGCGCGUCGUGAGGGAGCUCCAGCAGCCGCCGCCGACCAAGUGCCCCCACACCACAAUCACUCACUACUCUCACCACCACCACCACCACCACACACACACCCACGAGGAGCGGAGUGAGAGGGAGCAGCUCGAGCGGAAGGUUGACCUCCAGCUGCAGGAGCUCCACACCAGCAGGCCAAGCCCCACUGCAGCGCUGUUCUCGUCGCCCUCUGGUGGCGAGGAGUACGAGGACGGAGACGCCAAAGGAGACGAAUCGCCAGCGCUGGAGCUGGUGAGCCAGGCAGUGAACACGGACCUGUCCUUCAUGGGCAGAACCAGGGACGAGCCCCAGGACAGACCCAGCUGGAGGUACUGGAGAAGAAGUCCUACUGAACCCAAUCACAAGAAGCCCGGGAAACCUCAGGGAGACACCUGGCCUGAAAACAUCACCUCAGAGCUCCAGAGGAGCGUCUGGGCCAAUCAGGGCUCAGUGUUCGAGAGGAUCCCGGGGUCAGCAGGGCGGAGGGCCACCGUGCAGGAGAUAUUCCACUUCACUCAACCCAAGCUGCACCAGGCAGGUGGACGCUGCAUGUUAAAGGCCGGAGAAACUAUGCAAGAAUAGGCUGUGUGAAGAAUGAGAAUCAGUGUGUGUGUUUUUUUACGUGUGAGAAUAAAAAUGUAGCCUACAUUUGUAUUGUAAUAUAUACAAAUAUGUACAGAAAGUACAAAACUUAAAUCAGACUUUAUUCCAUUAUAUUACAAAUAUAUAGAUAUGAUAUAUAUAUCAAUAU